AUGCGCACCGUGCUGAAGGGCUGGGUGUUUCCCAAGGAACCCCCGGAGAUCUCGGAGCCGCCCGCCCGCGCGGGCGCGGAGCGGCCGCAGGACGAGGGCGGCGGAGCCUCUGGCGCGGCCUCGGGCCCGCCGAGCAACCACGUCCUCGCCAGGGGUUCCGCGCCGGCGCUGGACGCCCUGGAGGUCGCGAAGUCGUCGGUGAGCGUGCUGGACACGUACGCCAGCAACGCGGAGAACUUCGUGUGCGUUCUGAGGUCCGCGCUGUCCUCGAUGGAGAAGCAGAUCUCGAACCUGGAGCAGGCAGUCAACCCGUCGGUCAAGGUGCCUCGGCGCAGUGCGCUCUGCUGCCUUCGUGCCGCGGCGCCGGGGCAGCCCCGCGAGAAGGAGAGCGCCCUCCCCCAAGGAAGAGCGGGCUGCCGCAGAGACAUCGGCCGUGUCCGUGGCGCGGCGCUGAGGUCUGCCAUCGCCAAGCAGCUCUUCCAGAAGACCGGAGUCGAUCCAGGAUUCCAGCUGGUCAGGAGCAGCUGCGGCGGCGCGGACCAGCCCGCAGGCUUCCCCAAGGCCGCGCCGGGCGCACCCGCAGGGCGCCUCCGUAGCUAUAGCUUGAUGCGCUUCGAGAUCCUGGCCAGGCAGUCUCCAGUGCAUCGUUCGUCCUCGUGCGUCCGGGCUCACGAUAUGACGGCCUCACCCGAGCUGGUCUGGGAGUGCAUCAAGGCCAACAACUCCUUCAUGAGGAAGAGCCCCGGAGCCGGAAACAAGACGAUGUCCGCGGAGCGGGGGAACCUGUGCGGGCUCCACUCCUUCAAGUUCAGCGGCCUGGCCAACAGGCAGGUGGUGGGGCUGGCCUCCGCCAGGAACGGCAAGAAGGAGAGCAUCGUCCUCACGACGCGCCAGAAGAAGGAGGCCAAGGCCGCGUCGCCGAGCUCGCAGUACCUCGAGAAGGGCAUCAAGAAGGCUCCCAAGAAGGGGGCGGCGCAGCUGGAGAAGGCCAUGGGGGCGGGCUUCUACCGCAAGGAUCUCCUCGACCUCGCCCUGGCGAAGUACGCCAAGAUCAACACCUCCUUCAAGAAGAAGAAGCUGGUCGUGAAGUCGCGCCGGGCGGCGUGA